AUAAUCAGUACUUCCACUCUUCCAGUGCCAAAUAAAACGCAUUGGACAGUUGUCCUUCUUUUCUUUCAUUUAUCUCUUUCUUUCUUUCUUUCCCUCUAUUCUCCUCUAGCUCACAAAUCAUCAAAACCGCUACCGCAGCCAUGGCGGCAGACCACCAUCAUCCCACCACCAACCAACCACCCUCCGAUCUACACACACCGCUCCUCCCCCGCCGCUAUUCUUCCCUCGGAGAGUUCGGCGCUGAGGCCAGCGAGCAGCUCGAGACCAAACUCUCCGACACCACGUCGCCCCUCCUGAAACGCCUCGCCUCCGGCUCCCGGAUCGAGCUCAAACUCCUCUUCCACCUCGCCGUACCUUCCAUCGUCGUCUACAUCACCGGCUUCAUGAUGUCCAUGUUCACCCAGAUCUUCUCCGGCCACCUCGGCAACCUCGAGCUCGCCGGCGCCUCCCUCGCCAACAACGGCAUCCAGCUCUUUGCCUUCGGCAUCAUGUGGGGGCUGGGGAGCGCGGUGGAGACACUGUGCGGGCAGGCCUACGGAGCGCAGAAGUACGACAUGCUGGGGAUUUAUCUGCAGCGGUCGUUCGUAGUGUUGUCCCUGGUCGGGUUCGGUAUCAUCGGCCUGUACGUGUUCGCGAAGCAGAUCCUGAUGUUAUUGGGCCAGUCGGAAGAGAUCGCGUCGGCGGCUGGGCUGUACGUGUACGGGCUGAUCCCGCAGAUAUUCGCGUACGCGGCCAACUUCCCGAUCCAGAAGUUCCUGCAGGCCCAGUCCAUCGUCAUGCCCAACGCCUACAUCUCCGUGGCCGUGUUACUGGUCCACCUGGGGAUGAGCUGGGUGGUGGCCUACAAGCUCGGCGUCGGGCUGCUGGGCGCGUCGCUGGCGCUGAGCCUGUCGUGGUGGGUUCUGGUUGGGUUACAGUUCUGGUACAUCGUCCAGAGCGAGACGUGUCGUGACACGUGGACCGGGUUCUCGGUGCAGGCGUUCCACGGGCUGUGGGAUUUCUUCAAGCUGUCGGUGGCGUCGGGAGUGAUGCUGGCGCUGGAGCAGUGGUAUUUGGACGUGCUUGUUUUGCUCGCCGGGAUGCUGGAGAAUCCGGAGCUCUCCUUGGAUUCUCUAUCCAUUUGCGCGACGCUGAUGGGUUGGUUCUUCAUGAUUUCCAUGGGGUUCAAUGCGGCUGCUAGUGUUCGAGUGAGCAACGAGCUUGGUGCCGGGCAUCCAAAAUCGGCGGCGUUUUCUGUGGCGAUGGUGACCGGAGUUUCCUUCUUGGUGUCGGUGGUCCUGGCGAUUCUAGUGAUGGUAUUCCGCGACGUCAUCGGUCUGGCUUUCACCGGUGGCCCAGCCGUCUCGGCGGCGGUCUCCGAUCUGUGUCCGUUGCUGGCCAUUACCAUCAUCUUCAACGGAAUUCAACCAGUCCUCUCAGGCAUAAAUAUCGGUGCAGGAGUGGCGGUGGGAUGUGGAUGGCAAGCUUUUGUUGCUUAUGUGAAUGUGAUCUGCUACUACGUUGUUGGAGUCCCAUUUGGUGCUCUUCUGGGUUUUCAUUUCAAGAUGGGUGCUAAGGGAAUAUGGACCGGUUUGUUGAGUGGCACCAUCUGCCAGACCGUCAUCCUAAUUUGGGUUACGUAUCACACCGACUGGCAAAAAGAAGUGGAAACAGCAGAGAAAAGACUGGAUAGGUGGGAAGACAAUAAGCAACAACCGUUGCUUCACAAGUUAUGAAAUGCUCAACAAGUCAAAAGACCGCAUCGUGCUUAUUUUACUAGCUAAUUUGUGUGUGUAUUUGAGAUGAGAUCAUAAACAUUAAAUUGUUUAGCGCCUGACAACAUGAAGAAAACUUGCAUCAACCAUAGUUAUAGAAGUCC